AUGGCUAAAUCUACAACAUUAACUCUUGACCUACUAAAAGAAAAUUUUGUUAUUUGUCGUCUUUCACCUUCAUCAUUGUUGCCAUCAUGGGCUUUCACUGGUCCAUUCUGUUCAAUAACAAAAACAAACGAUGAACUAUCGAUUAUUACAAUGGAUAACAAUCAAUUACCAAAAGAUAUUCAAUGCGAACGAAAUUGGAAAUGUUUCAAGCUUCGAGGACCAUUUCCAUUCGACAUGACAGGUGUAUUGAUAUCGGCACUUAAUCCAUUGGCUAACGCUGACGUUGGCAUCUUAGCAAUUUCAACAUUUGAUACGGAUUAUGUUAUGGUUAAAGAUAAUAAUUUACAAGUCGCUAUUGAUGUCCUGAAACAAAAUGGACAUACAAUUAAUGCAUAA